CGUAGCAGCUCCCUCUGGCACCGAGCCAUCAACCUGACCAAGAUGGUGGCCGACCCUUGGGGCAGUCGUAACCUCCACGUCCUGCCCAUGGAGCGAGCAGUACGGCAGCGGUACAACGCCUUGGCCGGGCACUGGGUCACCGACGAAGUCCUCGUCAAGAUGGAGUCCAAACCCUUCGCUGCUGGGGCGAUGAGAGAGUGCUACGCGGCUAAGAAGCUGAGCACCUUCACACACAACGUGGACUGGCAUAAGGCCCAAAACAUGGUGGCCAAACGUUACAAGAAGGAGGGUGUACGGAAGUCCGUGUACUACAAUGAUGUGCUCGUCCAGAUGGACGCCAAGAUGCUUGGGGAGAUGUACAACAAGACGGACCCACCCAAGCAGGUGGAUGUGAUGCAGUGCGCCAUCUUGCAGUUCCCCGGCCGCCCCGGGACCCCGGUGUACGCGGUGGAGCAGCUGAUAGAGGGGGACUACGUAAAGUACAACAGCAACAGCGGGUUUGGCGAUGAUGUGUUGCGCAACACCCCUCAG